UGCUCAGUCUCCGGGCUCCGCUCGGCAGGCGAGAGGCUUCCUCGGCUCUGGGCUCCGGCCGGUGGGCGCCUCGGCUCGGCUUUCACAGGCGCAGGCUGGGCAGAGCGGCCCCUGAGGCCAAGCGACAAGCGCCCCACGGUCCCCGAUCCGGCCCCUGGGAGAGCCGCGCCGUUCCGGAACCCGGGAGCCCCCAACUUCGCGCCAAGUUCGGAGCCGCCUUCUGAAGGAGACAUGAAAAAGAUGAGCAGGAAUGUUUUGCUACAAAUGGAGGAGGAGGACGACGACGACGAUGGGGAUAUCGGUGAUGUUCCUGCCUCCAGGAGGCCUUUUCUGACUCCUCACACUCACCUCCCAUCCAGCCUGGUGUUGGAAAACCUUGGACAGACAAUUAUCCCCGAUUUGGGAUCACUGGAAAGUCAGAAUGAUUUUCGAACCCCGGAGUUUGAAGAAUUUAAUGGAAAAUCUGACUCCCUCUUUUUUAAUGAUGGUCAGCGAAGAAUUGACUUUGUUCUAGUGUAUGAGGAUGAAAGUAGAAAAGAGACCAGUAAAAAGGGUACAAAUGAAAAACAAAGGAGGAAAAGACAAGCAUACGAAUCUAACCUUAUCUGUCAUGGCCUGCAGUUAGAAGCAACAAGAUCAGUUUUGGAUGACAAGCUUGUAUUUGUAAAAGUACAUGCACCGUGGGAGGUGUUAUGUACUUAUGCUGAGAUAAUGCAUAUCAAAUUGCCUCUGAAACCCAAUGAUCUGAAAAACCGGUCCUCGGCCUUUGGUACACUCAACUGGUUUACCAAAGUCCUCAGUGUAGAUGAAAGCAUCAUCAAGCCAGAGCAAGAGUUUUUCACUGCCCCAUUUGAGAAGAACCGGAUGAAUGAUUUUUACAUUGUUGAUAGAGAUGCUUUCUUCAAUCCAGCCACCAGAAGCCGCAUUGUUUACUUCAUCCUCUCUCGAGUCAAGUAUCAACUGAUAAACAAUGUUAGCAAGUUUGGGAUCAACAGACUUGUAAACUCUGGGAUCUACAAAGCAGCUUUCCCACUCCAUGAUUGCAAAUUCCGCCGUCAGUCAGAGGAUCCCAGCUGCCCUAAUGAACGGUACCUUCUGUACAGAGAAUGGGCUCAUCCUCGAAGCAUAUACAAAAAGCAGCCCUUGGAUCUUAUCAGGUGUGCCAGCCAGACUCAAAAUUCCCUGGGGCACAGCAAUGAGCUGAUAACCAAAAUUUUCAAGCCCAAGCAUGUCGCGUGCUCCGAAUAUUGGAUUUUAUCAUGCUCCCUUAAAUUGAUUAAAUUUUUUAAAAUUAAGUUUUAUUUCUCUCUUUUUAGCAAAGAAGUUUGUCAUCCUGAUAUUGGCGGCAAGAUCAUAAUGUGUCCUCAGUGUGAUAGGCUUUGUCCAUUCUGGAAACUCAAUAUUACUUGCGAGUCCUCAAAGAAAUUGUGCAUCUUUGACAGUUUUGGAACCCUCGUCUUUGCAGUAUUUAUGGGAGUAUGGGUUACCUUGUUUUUGGAGUUUUGGAAGCGACGCCAGGCAGAACUUGAGUAUGAAUGGGAUACUGUUGAGUUACAGCAGGAAGAACAAGCCCGACCAGAAUAUGAAGCACGAUGUACUCACGUAGUGAUAAAUGAGAUUACUCAGGAAGAAGAACGUAUUCCCUUUACUGCCUGGGGAAAAUGUAUACGGAUAACCCUCUGUGCAAGUGCUGUCUUUUUCUGGAUCCUAUUGAUCAUCGCUUCAGUUAUUGGGAUAAUUGUCUAUAGGCUCUCAGUGUUCAUUGUAUUUUCUGCAAAACUUCCCAAGAACAUUAAUGGAACAGACCCAAUCCAGAAGUACCUGACUCCACAGACAGCCACGUCCAUCACGGCCUCCAUCAUCAGCUUUAUAAUUAUCAUGAUUCUGAACACUAUAUAUGAAAAAGUGGCAAUUAUGAUUACUAACUUCGAACUCCCAAGGACCCAGACUGAUUAUGAGAACAGCCUCACCAUGAAGAUGUUCUUAUUCCAGUUUGUCAACUACUACUCUUCAUGCUUCUACAUAGCAUUCUUUAAGGGCAAAUUUGUAGGCUAUCCAGGAGACCCAGUUUAUUGGUUGGGAAAAUACAGAAAUGAAGAGUGUGACCCAGGUGGCUGUCUUCUUGAACUGACAACUCAGCUGACAAUAAUCAUGGGAGGAAAAGCAAUCUGGAAUAACAUACAAGAAGUAUUAUUGCCCUGGAUCAUGAAUCUAAUUGGGCGAUUUCACAGAGUUUCUAGAUCAGAAAAGAUAACCCCACGAUGGGAACAGGACUACCAUCUACAGCCUAUGGGCAAACUGGGAUUAUUUUAUGAAUAUCUUGAAAUGAUUAUUCAGUUUGGGUUCGUCACCUUAUUUGUGGCCUCUUUUCCACUGGCCCCUCUGUUGGCUCUCGUGAACAAUAUAUUGGAAAUAAGAGUGGACGCAUGGAAACUGACCACCCAGUUUAGACGCCUGGUACCAGAGAAAGCCCAGGACAUUGGAGCAUGGCAGCCCAUCAUGCAAGGAAUAGCAAUUCUGGCUGUGGUGACCAAUGCCAUGAUCAUUGCUUUCACAUCGGACAUGAUCCCCCGCCUAGUGUACUACUGGUCCUUCUCCGUCCCUCCCUAUGGGGACCACACUUCCUACACCAUGGAAGGGUACAUCAACAACACUCUCUCCAUCUUCAAAGUUGCAGACUUCAAAAACAAAAGCAAGGGAAACCCAUACUCUGAGCUGGGUAACCACACCACAUGCAGGUAUCGUGAUUUCCGAUACCCACCUGGACACCCCCAGGAGUAUAAACACAACAUCUACUAUUGGCAUGUGAUUGCAGCCAAGCUGGCUUUCAUCAUUGUCAUGGAGCACAUCAUCUACUCUGUGAAAUUUUUCAUUUCAUAUGCAAUUCCCGAUGUAUCAAAACGCACGAAGAGCAAGAUCCAGAGAGAAAAAUACCUAACCCAAAAGCUUCUUCAUGAGAAUCACCUCAAAGAUAUGACGAAAAAUAUGGGGGUGAUAGCUGAACGGAUGAUAGAAGCAGUAGAUAACAAUUUACGACCAAAAUUAGAAUAAGAGCUUUAUGUUCUGAGAAGCACUUUAAGGAAUUUAGCUCUGUCAAAAUAUAUUAGGAAUCACUAAUGAGAAUGUUUAAGUUAAAUCACUUUGGCAAAUACGAGUCUUAACUAUUGCCAUUUCCACCUGUAUUAUUUUUCAGUUUCAGCUAGCGAUGCAGAAACUGGAAAAUGUAAAACUUAGAUCAUGAAGGGCAUAAAACUUAUCACCUGGAAAACCUAAAUGUUACCUUUUUCUGAUAAAUUGGAAUUUUACAGAAAAAGUCCCUUAGUAUGCUUAAAAACCACCCCUUCUAAAGUAGAAUGGAUUCUUUUUUUUCUAUUUGAUUACUUAGAUUUCUGUCUAUUCUCGGGCGCAUGAUCUCCUUUAUUUUCAGGCCAUGUUUUAUUUCUUCACUUUGCUAGAACUAUUCCAGGGUCAUCUUUUCCUUGCAGUACCAUCAUUAUAGAUUUAAUAGCUUUCCUGUGAUUAAAAAUAGCUAACUAGACUCAAGGAUUCACAAUAGUUAGGUGUAUUAUCAAUACCUCCAGAAAGGAAACCUCAGUUAAUCAGAGGAAAUAGUUUCAGUCUUCAUUUGAACAUGUCUUUCCAUCUCAAAAAAAUACUUGUAGUACGUUGGAAUGAAGAUAGCAAGGUUUUGAAGCGUAUUUGUCCUAAUGCACAGUGACACUUUUUAUCUUCCAGGAGCCCUUCUAGGAGGUCCCGUGCCUAAUCAAUGUUGACUGCUUUGCAGAUCUCAAGGGAAUAAAAUGACAAAAGUAGGGAAAGUUACAGAUUCAAACAGCAUUUUAACUCAUGUUGAUCUGCAUAAUUAAUUUAUCUUUUCUAAAGAUGUGUAGUUUCUUGGAAAACAGUGAUAUCACAUGAUUAAAAUUACAUUUUUAUCAACGUAAUUGUCUGGAAAAGAUAAGCCCAUCAAUUUUCUACCAGUUGACUUUUAUUCAUUAGAUACAGAAGGUGCAGUAUUACACAUCACCAGCUGCCUUUGCGAAUGGCUCACUACACAGCCAUUGGGGCAUGACUGUGUGCAUGGGCAGAAACAGCAAGUGCCCUCAUUGUGGUCACUGGGUAGGGAGUGCCUUUUGUCAAGGAGUCUGUAGGACUUGGCUUAUUUCUAUAUGCCAAAGUGAUCAACACACCAAAGUCUCUGCCAUAAAGAAUGUGGCUUCCUUGCAUCCUCCAUCCUGUUAUUCCGGGCCCAGUAAUUUGAUGUAACUGUCCGAUUGUACUAGAGACAGGAAUAUACCAAGAUUAUUCAUCAUCAAGUAAAGAGACUCUAGAUUAGAUCUGAUUUUUUGGCCUCCUCUAGAGUCAAUCAGGCAGUUAAGAGUAAUAAAGGAAAAUGGUUUGGUCACAAACCCUACCAUUAUCUGGAGAUUACUUCCUGCUGCACUCCUGUCCUGCCAUGCACGUCUUGCCCCCUCACUUUUGUUCAGCCUAGCAGUCUACUUCACGUUAUUGCCUUGUAAGUGUCGGGCCUCCUGGGCACUCUGGAAAAGACAGGGAGCCAGGCCCUCUCACCCCUACUGGUAACAGGUCAGUGCUGGAUGCAGGAGAGGGAGGUGAUUUGCAUCAUGGUCAUGCUGCAUGGGCCUCACUGGGAUGCUGUUAAAUGCCAGAGGAGCCAACCUAUCAGAAUCCUAGCAGCAACGGGAAACUCAGAUUUUAGAGGCUUUUUACAAAAAAGCAGCUUAACUCUAGGUCCUGAUUUCAAAUACCUGCCAUGAAUGAUUUUUAAGUAUUUAUGUAGGAUCCAUCAAAGCAGUAUUCUCGGCUUUUGAAUUGUCUUAAUGGAUCAGGAACACCAUUUCACUGUCUCUCUUGAUCAUGUUAAUGAUGUAGUCAGAGUUUCAAAACAGGCCACAUGAGGUCUGACUGCACAGAGAUGGAGAAAUGAAUUUCUUCCCACUGAAGGAAACUCUUUCUCAUUCGCAGCCAAGAUGGGAGUGCCACUGUUCCUCUCUUCACUUCUGAGAUACUGCUUCUAGAAGCGGGUGUCACUUCCUCUCUAUUACCUCUUCUCUGAAGUGUGUGGCUAUCUCCUUGUGUUUAAAUUUGGCAGUUACUCGCCAUGUAUGUCAGCAUAGAAAAGGAAAUGUUUUUACCUUAUCUCCUGUAUGUAUGAUAGAACUUAAAAGAAAUGUGCAUUUGUUUUCAUAGCCCCAGCAGAGAAAAUCCUCUUCAUAGAUUACAUGCGCUGCUGUGGACAGGAGGGAACAAAACCCUCUACAUAUUUAAAGGCACCAAAUGUAAUAUCUGACACUGUUAAGAUGCCCAAAAGAGCAAAGUUGUAGUGGAGAUGCAGGGUCGUUUCCCCAUGCCAUCCACAGUGUUAGUGAGUCCAGGGCUGACUUGCAGUGAUGAAGAAAAGCAGGGAGCUGUGUCUGCAGACAAUGGUGGCUGCAUCUGUAAGUGGCUUCAGAGGCAACAGCCCUGGGGAAAUUGAUGGGUGUGGCAGUGGACCUGUGAAGAGGGAGAAUCUGGCCCUCAGCCUGUCCAGUGUUAACCACUAGAGAAACUGAGCUUUAUAUCCUUUUGUAUUGCCUGUGAAUUUUAGCAUAUUGACAUUAGACCAAAUACUCAGGGGAUUUUUCAUUAAACAUCCCUCAGAUAAUUUAGCUGUGUGUCAUUAGAAAAGGAAAGCUAUCAUUUUUAUUUUAAAAAUAAACAAGGCCAUCUUGUAAACUGUCACCAAAGUCUUCCCUUUUUUAUUGCAUGUGUGUCUUGAAUUUCAUAAAA